UAGGCGUGGUAAUUGCUAUUGUGGUAGCAGUAGGUAUUGCAGUAGGUGUAGUGGUUGCUAUGGUGAUAGUAGGCGUAGUGAUAGUAGACGUAGUAAUAGUAGGCGUAGUGAUAGUAGAUAUAAUAGCAAUAGAUGAGGUAGCAAAAUGCGUGGUAGAAAAAGGCGUAGUAGAAAAAUGCGUAGUAGAAAAAGGCGGGGUAGAAAAAGGCGUGCUGGCAGUAAAGGCUGUUUUAGUAGGUGUGCUGGCAGCAGAUGCAACGUAG